GUUUGAUAAGUUAUAGUUUCAGAGGAUUUCAUCUUUAGCUAGCUCUGCUAAAAAUGACGCUUUCCAUAAACUCAACCUAUCAUCAGGUGUUACAUGCAUAAAAGAGGAUAUCUGCAUCAACUACACUUUAAUUGUGUGAAGGAAGUGAUUGUUUCCAACACUAUUUUCGAUGACUGUUGAUUCAGACACAUGUCAGAAUCUUAACUAGCACUCCACGUGUGACACGUUGGAUAUAUCUCAUCUAUCAUGGCAACAGCUAGACGUUCGAGUCAAGCUCCUGACACUUCUCAAUCCGUGUCCCAGUCCCCCACCAGCACGGACCGUAAACUUCUUGAUAAAGUUCUCAGGAGACUGGACAAACUGCAUAAACUGAGCACCAACCCCAGGUUGGGUCUUAAAAACAGCCCGCCGUACCUUCCCGAACUAGUGUCGGAGACCGCCAUCCACCUGACAGAAGUAUGGGCUCCCUACAGGGGCUCCAUGAUGGCCGUGCCACGAGGGGACGAGGGUGAUUAUCUGAGGAUCCAUAUUCGACACCUGCUGGACAAGGCAGAUAGAGCUGUGCUGCUGUUCAAGGAUGGCAAGGAGAAGAUGUUCGAAGAGACAUCAAGCUACAGGAGAAAUCUUACUAAGCUGUCACUGCUGUUCAGCCACAUGUUGAAUGAACUACAAACUUUGUUUCCUGGGGGACGAUUUCAGGGUGAUACUUAUAGAAUUACAAAGACAGAAGCCAAAGACUUCUGGAGGAAAACCUUUGGACACAAAUGUAUAGUGCAGUGGAACAUUUUUAAACAGCAGCUGAGGAGGGUUCAUUACUUUGAAGAGGGAAUGGAGGCCAUGGCUUUGAAGUCCACAGUUGAUCUCACUUGUAACGAUCACAUAUCCAUCUUUGAGUUUGAUAUUUUCACCAGGCUUUUUCAGCCCUGGUCAACUUUGCUAAGAAACUGGAAUCAUUUAGCAGUAACUCACCCAGGAUACAUGGCGUUUCUCACCUACGACCAGGUCAGGGUCCGACUAGAGCACUACAGACAUCGUCCUGGCAGCUACAUCUUUCGUCUCAGUUGCACACAAAUGGGUCAGUGGGCGAUUGGUCAUGUGACCAGUGAUGGCAACAUUGUGCAAACCAUUCCCCAAAAUACACCUCUUUACCAAGCACUCAUACAAGGUUUCAGGGAGGGCUGCUAUUUAUAUCCUGAUGGGCGUGAUGUGAACCCUGACCUCACCAGCCUGUGCAGUCCGACUCACAAGGGUCGAGUCAAAGUCACAGAGGAGCAGUAUGAAUUAUACUGUGAGAUUGGCAGCACAUUUCAGCUCUGCAAAAUCUGCACAGAACGAGACAAAGACACUCGCAUUCAGCCCUGCGGGCAUCUGCUGUGUCAGCCCUGCUUGACUGGCUGGCAGAAGUCAGACGGGCACACGUGCCCCUACUGCCGCUGUGACAUCAGAGGCACAGAAUCCAUCCUCAUUGAGCCCUACCUGCCAGAGAGAGACAGGAGGGCAGGGGGGGAGGAGGAAGAGGAGGAAGAUGAAGAUGAGGAGGAAGAUCAUGAGGAUGUGGAGCUGGUGAUGAAAAAACUGGCUUGUAUGAAAAAGAUAUCACAGGAGGAGUAUCAAGUUCCCCGUUCCAAUCUAUCACUUCCUCCCCUUCCUCCCAAAAGACAGUCACUUUCCCCGUGUCCAUCUCCCAAACCGCCCUCCAGAUCCUUGAGCAUAGGCACACAGAAACUCAAACAUGGUUCCUGGUCAGAAAACAUGCUAAGACAAACUUCCUCAGAUAGAAGUGAGGAACUUUUGGAAGACUUCCGUCCCUCCUCUUUGCCAUAUGUCAGAAACAGUGGGGUGUCCUGGGAAGGGCCUUCAGAAAAUGUAAAAAGGAAGAGGAAAGAGAAAAGAAGGGGCAAUGAAGAAGAAGAGCACGACAGAGGUGUGGCGGAUUCAGCGUCUCCUUCAGGAAAUCACAUUCAUGGGGAGAUGGAAGGAAACACUUCAUCCUGACAAGGAAAAUCACCUCAGACUUCAGACUGUAAAGCAUAUUUGCAAGACAAAGCAAUCUUUUGAUAUCUGCAACACUGGACAACCAAAAUGAUUCAAAGGACUCAAUAGUCACCAGAUUCAGAACAUACAUGCAUGUAGGAAUAUUAGCUCCAUUGACCGUUGCAUUGACAGGAGAAAACAAGCAUCUUACUGCUCACACCUUUUUAAUACAUUUUAAAUUCUACCUCAUGCCUACUAAAUGUUUAGAGAACAAGCACUGUGUUUUGACAGACCACAAUGAAUAAAAAAAUGUUU